AUGGGUGAUGAAUUAGCUUUGAGCAAUAAGAAAAAUGCAGCCGAAGAGCAGCAUUCAGAAUCCACGAUUAAUUGGAGCAAGAAAGGUGGUGCUGAUUCAAAGCAACUGACAGGAGCUGAAGGCUCGAUGAAAGUCGAAAUUAUGGAAAAAAACAGUUUUGCGCAGCAACAAAUCGACGUAGAGGGUGAUUUGAAAUCCGAUAGUUUGGAAACUUCUGGAGGUAGUAAAGAAAGACUAAAAACUAAAGAGCCAAACCAUCCCAAAAAUGCUAUAGACAGUCACGAUGGAAAAGAACAGAAUUCAAUAAGUACAGUGACCAGUGUUUCACGCUCAGAGUAUAUUUUUGAAUCAAGUCAUGGAUCAGUAGGAUAUGAAGAAAGUCAUGUGAAGAUCAUUCACAAAGCAGAAGAAAGUUCGUCUUUAUUGGCCGAAACUGAGGGAGAUAUGGAAUGCAAUAAAAGCGAUAUGGAUAGGAGAAAUGAUAUUGUAAUUGUGGAUGAAUCAAGAAGCAGCUCUGAAACAAGGGAUGAAAGUCCUAAUGAACCAGAGGAUAAAUCGAAUUCUAUGGUGGGAAAAGCUCCCACGAAGGAGGCACAGCAAGCUGAAUUAAAGGAAAAAGUUUCAGACGGGAAUGAGGACGAAAAUCAUACUGAUACUUUUCAAGAGGUUUCAGCCAGAAAGUCAACUCGAAGUUAUAAGCCUAAUGCGAAAAAAAAUGUGGAAGGUACUUUAGCAGAUUCAAAGGUCGAAAAAACACAAGGAAGUGACAACUCUGUUUGCGAGCGCCGGAAAAGUUUGCGUACACGUAAAAGCGAUGUUUCUCAUGUAACUAUGGCGCCAAAAAAUGAGUCAGUGGUUGAAAAAAGAAGAAUCAGUUUGCGAACACCCAAGAAAUCAGCUUCACUAUCAUCGCCUGUUUCAAGGGUUACUCGGAUAGAAAAUAAGAUGGAAACGCGUGAAUCGGAAUCAGAAUUCGCAGAUGACAAGACUGCAUUGUCUGGAAAAAGCAGCAAAAAAAAUGCAUCAAGCACUUCCUCUGUAUCGAAAUCUGCUCGAAAUUUUGCAAAAAAAGAAGCAGUGAAAAGAAAGCGUGCUAGUGAUUCAGACAAGGAUCCGUUCAGUUUUGACAAAAAUUCCGACAAUCAUCCUGAACCCUUACGUAAUAUUCAGAUGGAGCGUCAGUCAUUCGGAGGAUAUAAAUUCACCAAAUCACCUGAACAAACCAUCGCGUCACGUUACCAGAAAACGGAACAGACGGCUCAUAAAAGACGGUCCAACUUAACUAAUCUUUUACCGCAACAAGAGAUUAGCACUCACAAAUCACUUUCUGAAUUGUCGCUAAGUGCAAGUCAACGAAGUGGAAUGAAAACAACAUCAAAAAGAAAAACGAAAUCUAUAGGCGUUGAAGUGAUAGAGCCUAGUGGAAGUUCCACUACUGUGAGUCGAUUUUCAAACAAAAGUGAUGUAGAAAAGCGAUCAAAAGAUAUAAGCCAGCUGGAAGACAAGCAGAUACAGUCUGCAUGUAAUUUGCAGUCAUCUUCAAAACAGCGAAAACGAAAAACAGUGGAAACAUCAUCAACUGUUUCUUCUAAAAGACCAUUGAAAACUAUUUUCCCAGAACUGCCUGCAGCAGAGCAACUUGAAGCUGAUCAUCAUUCAAAUAAACAUGCUACAUACAGUGUUGGGGCACGGAUUUAUGCUUUGUGGGAUCGCUUGUAUUAUCCGGCUCAAGUAACAGCUGAACCGGAUGCGAGUGGUCGUUAUGAUGUAGUUUUUGCUGAAGAUGGUGCUGUCCGCAAAUUAGUGGCUACUGGCAUAAUUCCGUUGUGUAAUCUUGUUGCAGGCCGAAAAUGUUUGACAACAAAAGUUAACGAUGGUGAAGAAGUACUGGAAGAAAUUGAAAUUAUUGAAGCGCCUUCAAGCGAUGAUGCACAAAAAUGGAUGAAAGCUCUGUUCAAAGUCAAAGAAAUAGAUAGUUCAGAUAUAAGCUAUUUGACGUGGCAGAAGUUAGUGCUUGAUGGUAAUCAUGCUAAAGCUCUACAAGUGGCAACAGUUAAUACAGUGCGUGAUGUCACUGCUGAUAAUAUUGCAUCAGCAGAAGGUCGACGUAGUCGGGCUGCUCGGCAUAGUGCCUCUAAUGCUAGCAAAAUUUCAUUCAGUCCUACAGUAACUAAAACACCUCGCCGUAAUGUUCCAGCAGAAAAAGAUAGUACUUUUCCCAAAACAUCAAAAAAUAUUGAACCGGAACAACAAGAACAACAACAACAAAAUUCAGCUACUAAUGGUUCUGCAAAUAAAACCUCUAUAGCAAUUUUCCAUGGUAUGACUUUCGUGGUCACGUCAGCAUUGCGUAAAACCCGUGAAGGUGAACAAAUAUUUAGCAAAAAAGAAAUACGAUGCGUGAUUGAAAGUGCUGGUGGAAAAGUAAUCGAUGAUGUUAUGAAAUUGCCUCAGGGUAAACCUAUUUAUCUUAUCGCUGAUACCCAUUAUCGUACUCAUAAAUACCUCACAGCAUUAGCGCUUGGUGUUCCAUGCGUAAGUAAUCAGUGGAUUGUUGACAGCGCAAAGGAGAAAAAAUUACUGGAUUACAAAAAAUACAUGUUACCUGCUGGAGUUUCUCUUCUUACUGGUGAUUUAAAGCCUUGGCAUAAAAACAAUGCGACCCUCUUGUCGGGAAAGCGUGUUUUCAUUUUUUCAAGCAACAUUUUCUAUGAGCUAGCAAGUUUCUCUCAAAUUUGGUCACCUAUAAUAAAAUACUUGGGAGGAAAUGUUAUUCAAGCGAUGCCUAAUGAAGGACUGGAUAUUUUAUUGACCGACAUUAGCUGUACUGAUGAAAUUUUGAACGCUGCCCGCUCGCAGGGAGCUACUGUUGUAUCAUCAGAAUGGAUUAUUCAAGCUAUAAUUCAAGGGAGUUUACCAGAACCGAGCGCGCAUGAACGUUUUCAGUAUGAUUUUAACGAUUCGUGUUCAUAA